AUGGCGUAUGACCAGGCACUCGAAGGGAAAGAAACCGAAUUAAAGGAGAAGACGCCGUUUUGGCAGCGAGACUCUCAGCAGUUAGACGGAGCGAGCUCUGAGUUGAGACUUAAGGAUUGGCAUGACCUCGAAGCUAUGUCCAGAGAUGCGGCUCGCAAGGGAUUGGGUGAACAUGGUAGGCCCGCAUACAUUACUAAUCUUUCCAAGCGUAUGUUGGAACGUAAAAUGCUGAAGAUGAAUGGUUUCAAUGCUUUGCUGUCGAAUAUGAUAUCAGUGAAUCGUUCAGUUCCGGAUAUACGUUUCCCUGGUUGUGAAAGAAAGAAAUAUUUCGCCGACUUACCAGCUGUUAGUAUUGUUAUACCGUUCUAUAAUGAACACUUCACUGCCCUAGUCCGUUCGGUGCACAGCCUCAUAAAUCGUACGCCAAGGGAAUUAAUAAAAGAAAUAAUACUCGUCGAUGAUUUUAGUGACCGGGUCAAUUUGAAGAAACCACUUGAUGAUUAUAUAAAAUCACAUUUCAAUAAAGUAGAAAUUAUACGUUUUCGUCAACGCCAGGGACUCAUAGCGGCCAGAUUGGCUGGCGCUGUUAAGGCUAUCGGCGACGUUUUGGUCUUUAUGGACUCACACAUAGAAGCCAACUACAAUUGGUUGCCACCAUUGCUGCAUGAGAUUGUACUGGAUAAGCAUACCGUCGUGUGCCCCCUGAUCGAUGUAAUAAAUGAUCAAACAUUCGAGUAUUCCGCCCAAGACGAAGGCGCACGCGGCGCUUUCGAUUGGAUCUUCGACUACAAACGCCUGCCACUGCUGGAAAGUGAUAAGAAGGAUCGCACCAAGCCUUUCAAGAAUCCUGUUAUGGCAGGUGGCUUGUUUGCUAUGUCGCGUGAGUGGUUUUGGGAACUGGGCGGUUACGAUGAAGGCUUAGAGAUUUGGGGUGGCGAGCAGUAUGAGUUGAGUUUUAAAAUCUGGAUGUGCGGUGGGCGUUUAUUAGAUGUGCCAUGCUCACGUGUGGGGCACAUUUUUCGUAGUGACGAUUGGACGGGCAUACAGACAGAAAAUGAGGAUGACUAUUUGUAUAAGAAUUACAAACGUGUAGCUGAGGUUUGGAUGGAUGACUACAGGUAUUACCUUUACAAACAUGCUUACGGUUUAUAUGAGAAAAUCGAUGAAGGCGAUUUGACAGAUCAAUUCGCCUUGCGUGAUAAAUUGCAUUGUAAGUCCUUCAAGUGGUUUAUGGAGAAUAUAGCAUUUGACUUGGUGAAAGUCUAUCCACCCAAAGGCAUGACCGAUUUCACAUAUGGCCAGGUGAAAAGUGUUGGUGCGCCAAAUCUUUGCCUCGAUGCACUGGGACAACCAGACUAUCGUGCAAUUGGUGUUGAUACUUGUGAUCCGGAAAAAAUGUUCCCUGUUCGCCAACAGGAUUGGGCUCUAAGUGAAAACCACGAUCUUCGUAUGCGUGGCGAAGAAUAUUGCUUGCAGACUGCCGAUAGGAAGCCGAAUUCAGCGCUGCAACUCUACGAUUGCACUUAUGGUAAGAAAGAUCAAUUGUGGUAUUAUAAUCGCCAGCACGAGUGGUUGGUUUAUGGCAAAGACAGAAAAUUUUGUCUGGAGGUGCGACCGGAAUUGAAGCAAGUUGUUAUCAAUAGAUGUCGGCAAAACUAUCCGAACAUGAAAUGGACUUUUACUCAUGUUAAUGAUACUUUAUUGGAUGCAUACUUCGAAACCAUGCCUUAAUUAGGAGAUUUACGGGAAUAAUAUAAUCUUGUGUGUAUGUACAAUAUGUUAAGUAAUAGUU